UUCUAUUGAUCACUUGAGAGAGUUAUGUGAAGUGUUAUGCAAUUUCGCGGAGAGGAUUUGGUUACAGGAUUUUUGGGUUUCGUGUUUAUUUUUCUGGGGAUAUGGAUGAUCUCUCCGAGAGUAUAUUUUUUUAAAUCUCUGAUUCUGAUGUAUGUAAUUUUUUUUGUUUGCAGAUCUCAGAAAUUAGGGGUUUUUAUAUUCUAGAGUUAGUGUAAUAUGAAGAGGAGCUUAGAGGGGAACGAUGACGACAAACAUGAGCGAAAGCGUCCUGCUCUUGCUAGUGUGAUUGUUGAGGCUCUUAAAGUUGACAGUUUGCAGAAGCUUUGCUCUUCUUUGGAACCUAUCCUCCGCAGAGUUGUUAGUGAGGAAGUGGAACGUGCUUUAGCAAAAUUAGCACCUGCUUCGCUUACUGCAAGUUCUGUGUCUUCUCCGAAACGUAUUGGAUGUUCAGAUGGCCGAAAUUUGCAGCUGCAUUUCAAGUCUAGGUUAUCUCUCCCAUUAUUCACUGGAGGGAGGGUGGAAGGAGAGCAAGGUGCUGCUGUCCAUGUUGUAUUGAUUGAUGCAAACAGUGGCCGUCCUGUAACAUUUGGACUCGAAGCGUCUCUGAAGCUUGAUGUUGUUGUGCUUGGGGGUGACUUUACCAACGAAAAUGAUGAAGAUUGGACCCAAGAAGAAUUUGAUAGUCAUGUUGUAAAAGAGCGCGAAGGAAAGAGACCGUUGCUUACUGGAGACUUGUGUGUUGUUCUCAAAGAAGGAGUUGGCACUUUGGGUGAGGUCACUUUCACAGAUAAUUCAAGCUGGAUUCGUAGUCGGAAGUUCAGACUUGGUUUGAGGGUCGCCUCUGGUUAUUGUGGUGGCAUACGCAUACGUGAGGCAAAGACAGAAGCUUUCUAUGUUAAAGAUCAUAGGGGAGAAUUGUACAAGAAACAUUAUCCACCUGCUCUGAAUGAUGAGGUGUGGAGGUUGGAUAAGAUUGGUAAAGAUGGUGCGUUCCAUAAGAAGCUAAAAGCUGCAGGAAUAGUCACCGUGGAAGGCUUUCUGAGAGAUUUGGUCAAGGAUUCUGCAAAUUUAAGAGCUAUUCUUGGAAGUGGCAUGUCAAAUAAGAUGUGGGAUGUGCUAGUGGAGCACGCAAAAACAUGUGUCCUAAGCCGUAAACUUUAUGUUUACUAUUCUGACGAUUCAAGGACUGUCGGCGUUGUGUUCAAUAACAUCUACGAGCUAAAUGGCUUUAUAUCUGGGGACCGAUACUUAUCUGCUGAUUCACUCUCUGAAAGCCAAAAGGUGUAUGUGGAUGAACUGGUGAGGAAAGCAUAUGAAAAUUGGAACCAGGUCGUGGAGUAUGAAGGCAAAUCUCUUUCGAACUUCAACCAACCUGAGAGGUUGAAUAUUUCUCAGAAUAAUCCUGCAGCGACUUUGGCAAAUUACUCUACCACCUCUGCUGCUGACAAUCCAAUACAUGUGACAGUAGUUCCAUCUGCAGUCCCUCCUAAUCAGUCUCCAGUGCAUUCAGAAUUUUCAAUGGGAGAGUAUAAUCAAACGCUGACAACAGCCCAGCCUCAUAAUCCGCAAGAACUAUUCGACAUUGGUUUGCAGCAAGAUCAGUUUAUGGGAAUACGUCAACAUCAAACUCUGGCCACCAUAGAGAAUGCAAAUGUAACUGGGUUCGUUCUUGGUCCUCCACAGUCAGCCACAUGCGGGUACCAAGACAUUGAAUCUUCUGUUGAUCAGGGAAAUCUUAAUCUUUUUGAUGACUGGUCAAAACAUCAUGGGAACGACUUAUUCUCAGAGGAAGAGAUCCGGAAAAUAAGCCAUGAAUUGUUAGCUAAUGAGGACAUGCAAGAGCUGCUCCAGCUCUUCAGCAUGGGAGGUGGCAAUGGGGAAGAUGGGUUUGCUUUCCCAUCAUUUAUGCAUAAUACACCGAGGACGCAGGGAUCUGAUGAGGAGGGCCAUGGGCGAUCAGGAAAAGCGGUUGUUGGGUGGCUAAAGAUAAAAGCUGCAAUGAGAUGGGGAUUCUUCAUCAGGAGGAAAGCUGCUGAGAGGAGAGCACAUAUUGUGGAGCUUGAUGAUGAACGAUGAUGGUUAAUGGAUAGUCAGGUUGCUUGCUAGUAUAUACUAAUAGUAGCCCUGUACAGGUUAGGGAUGGAUAUAAACAUCACUUACAGUCUUACCGAUAUGAAUUGUUCCUUGAUGCGUAGAGCAUUUGAGGAUGUUGAAACAUCUUCAAGAAUACAGUAGAGUAUUGAAUUAGAAUCUCCCCGAGUUCUUGGUUUGUAAUGCGUUUUCUUGUUGCAAGAAACAAGGCCAUGGCUUCAAAAUCAAAUCCCUGCAUUUCCCUUCUA